CGGCUGCUCAGCUGCUCACGGCUCCGGCUAACCUCCGGCUCAAAUUUCAAAGAACUCUGUGCUCUGCUCACGCUCAAGGCGAGACGCAAUCACAAGUGAAUUUGUUUGUGCUACACGCUUUCUAUUAGUGUUCUUAAUUUUCUUGGCUUUUGACGUUACUUUGUUGUGAUUGUGAGAUGUCAGCAGCACGAACGGCUCGUCUUGUUAGGGAAGUAAAAAACUUCGAAAUUAAGCCUCCGUGGGGCAUAACCUGCCAUCCAGAGAAAGAUGACACCUACGAUGUGCUUUUGGUGAAUUUGCAAGGCCCUAAGGGAUCUCCUUACGAAAGAGGGACGUUUAAAUUGACCGUGACGAUCCCUGAGAGGUAUCCCUUUGAGCCUCCAUUGGUUAAAUUCACUACGCCGGUGUAUCAUCCUAAUAUAGACAAAGGAGGCCGUAUCUGCAUGGAUAUGUUAAAGAUGCCUCCUAAAGGUGCUUGGCUCCCGACCAUCACACUGGAGACUUUACUGGUGUCUCUGCAGACCCUCCUUGCGAACCCAAACCCUGACGACCCCCUUAUGAUGGAUGUAGCCAACGAAUACAAGUACAGUAUAGACACUUUUGUUGAAAACGCAAGGAGAUAUACAGAGAAGUAUGCCACGUGAUAUUUUUAAAGUUUUGUUGUUUAUUGGCUGUGAAUAGGUACAUAAUUGAUUAAACCAAUUAUUUCGUCGCGCGCGUUAUGCGGUUGCCAUGUUACGGAUUAAGGAAUACAGUUGUUAACUCUAUGUAUUAGGGACCAAGUACAUUUAUAGAAUGAAGUAAGGCCUCGUUAAACUACGCGAUUAGUCAGGCACGAUGCGUCGGGUGUAGUAGUAUGAAAUGUAUGGCGAAAUCGUGGCCCAAUCCUCCCGAUGGAUCGCGUAAUAUAAUAAAGCCUUAAAACCAAUCUUUUUUUUUGUCUGUCCUCGUUACCUGCCAUCAGUUGCUACACUAUUAUCAGAUCUGUUCUGUUAGUUUCACUUAAGGCCAAUCUAUGAUAGAUAAAUUAUAAGUUAGUUUAAUAACAAAAAUGUGAUGUGAAUGAACCUGACCAGCGUUCGCGACACGGCAACCGCGGCGCUAAUUAUUUCGAGGGUUUCAACCAAUAGACGCAGCAAAUGCUAUCUACAAUUCUACAUGGAUACUACAUCGAUAUAGUUCGUUCCGCGCGCGGUGCGGUUGCCGUGCCGCGAGAGCCGGAGUACAGGCUUGGUUAGGGUUGCCGCCAUCUGUAUUAACGUUAAUUUGAUAUUCGGUCAAAGUGUACCUAUUGGAUAUAGUAUUUUAUAAAAAUGCAAGAAAAUAAAGAGUACCUAAAAUAGUAGAUUUUCUUAUCGCAAGUGACACCUUAAACUCCAUACCAACCUGCUUAAAAAUCUGCUUGGGAUCUUGUGAAUAUAAAUACUCCCAAUUUCAA